AUGCGUUCGCCAAGGGCGGACUCCAUCCCCCAGGAACCUCUGCGGCACUCCCGCCCUUGCCCCGCCUCUUUCCCCUGUUUCACACUUCCGGUGCGACCGCGUUGUCCCCGCGCGUGCGUUCGAGCGCUGCGCGGUUGGUGCUUCCGGCCCGAGAAUUUGAAGCGCGUGUGUGGCGAAGUUUGCCUCUUGUCGGUUCCAGCCAUGCGGCCCGGUAAGGGACGGGAGGGAAGAGUUGUGGGGAGGGUGCUGCUGCUUCGGGGAUGCACGAAGCCGAUGUGAGCUUGGCGGGGGAGGGGUUGAAGGAAGGGAAAAGGAGCCCGCGGGCAGACACGUGGCUGCUGGGAUCGUCUGGUGGUUGAUUUGUUCUUCUGUUUGUUAUUUAAAGUCAUCAUGCGGUUGUUGUUGCUGCUGCUGCUGCUGUUUCCCUUCUCCUUAGCUGACAAAGUCUCUUCGAGCGGUUUACUAUAGAGAUCGGUGGUUCCUACUUUUAGGCUUACGAUCUGAAAAGGAGGACGCGAGGAGCACGCUCAGAACACAAAUUCUUAAAAAUUAAAGAGCCUAAGGAGAGCCUUCUGGAUCGGGAGUCCAGGACUGGUCCAGGGUCCUGUUUCCACAGUGGCCUAGUAGAUGCCUGAACCAGGCCUUAGAAUGGCCAGCUAGGUCACCUGUUGAAAUAACCGUCACCGGUUGAGAGUUUCGCAAAGGCAGCUGAUUUCUUGGCAAAAGUUAGCACUGUUUGCAUACUGUACAGUGGUACCUCAGGUUACAUACGCUUCAGGUUACAUACACUUCAGGUUACAGACUCCGCUAACCCAGAAAUAGUGCUUCAGGUUAAGAACUUUGCUUCAGGAUGAGAACAGAAAUCGUGUUCCAGUGGCAGCAGGAGGCCCCAUUAGCUAAAGUGGUGCUUCAGGUUAAGAACAGUUUCAGGUUAAGAACGGACCUCCGGAACGAAUUCAGUACUUGACCAGAGGUACCACUGUACUUUUAUUUUCACUCUGCAACCUGAUGGGGACGGCAGCUGUUAGGUCUCAGUUAAGGGGUGAGGAGAGUAAGGUUUUGUCUCUUUUCUCUGACUUGUGUGCCCUUCUCCUCUGCAGGUUUUAGCCCCGUGGAGGACGUGGGGGGCGUGGUGGGUUUGGAGAUCGUGGUGGGUUUGGAGAUCGUGGGGGGCGUGGAGGCUUCCGAGGAGGGCGAGGUGAGUUCUCUCUUUCUUCCCCCACUAGUGCAUUAGCUGUUAGCGCUUGUUGGCACCCUACAGAUAGGACACUCAGAUCUGCAGUGGUGCAUGCUGGGGAGAAAUCAAGGUACUUAACCACACAGUUGUGGUGGCUUGUCUCUCCACUUGGUGGUUUAGUCAAAGGGUGGUCCAGGUGCCUUGGCCAGGUAGCAGCCAUGUGUGACUCCAUUUCUGGGAAUGAGGUCUAGCCAGUUUGGGCCUGGGCACAUCAGAAACAUAACAGCCAAGCAGCUUAAAGCCUUCCUUCCAAACUUGCAGGUGGAGAGAGGGCAGCUUCCAAGACAAUCCCUGAACUCCUGUGGAGCUCCAGGGUUGGGAGGAAGACUGAGCCCGCUAAAGGGCUAUGACAAACCCAUUUUAGCAUCAAGGACUGGUCCCCAAAACCCAUUCCUUGGUAAUUAAGAUGAGACUAAUAAUCAAGGUCUGACACCAACUCUGCAAAGUACAUUGCCCCCACUCCUCCUGGCCAAACAGCCUGGGUCAGGAGACCUUAUUAGACAUCCCUAAGAUUCUUGAGAAGCAAGAGCUAAAAACAAGGCACCGCACUCCUUGAGUCUGAAGUCACCAACUUAGUAGUAAAAGACCAAGAAGUUAGGAACUGGAUUGAGUACAAAGAAGACAGACAUCAAUUUUUAAUGCUGAAGAUUUAUUAAGAAAUCAAAAAAUAAAAUAAAGGAUAAAAUGUAGAACUCCUGUAGCUCCGUUUUAAAACAGCUGCACUAGUUGCCAAUUUGUUUCCAAGACCUGAUUAAUGUUUAAAGCCUUAAACAGCUUAGGUGCCAAAUACCUGAAAGACCAUCUCCAUCCCUGCCAGUCUUCUUGGGCAUAAAGAUAUGCAAAGGCAUCUCCCUUGAUAGUUUGGUGGAACCCUCAGAAUUGUAUAGAAAGGCAGUCCUGGAGAGGGUUUUCUCUGUGACAUUCUGAAAAACGUGGAGCUCCAUGUGUUGCUGGACUACAACUCCCAUCAGUCCCAGUCAGUCAGGGUGAUGGGAGCUGGAGGGCCAUAGGUUGCAAGCCCCUGACCUAAAUUGUGAACUGUAAACUGCCCUACGAUCUUUGGAUGAAAGGAGGUAUAUACAUUUUAACAACAACAACUCGCCACAGAGGUAUGUGUAGCAUAUUCAUUGCACAGCUUUUGUUGUACACUGAAGGCACAUCUCUUAAUCCCAGCCUUGGGCAGUUAAGGUGUUUUUGUUUCGUGGCACCUGCCUCUUUUUCUGAAUUUAUACUGUCCUGCCUCAUUUGGAAUAGUUUUACUUGUCCUAUAUCUGUAAUGGUUUUUGUUUGUUUUUAUAAUGGUAUAUUACUGUAUCCCUCCCUGAGACCUUAUGGCUGAAGGGUGAUAAGAUAUCAAAAUCAUACAAAUAAAACCACAGUAUUUAAUCUUUGAUGCAGAAAGAUUUCUGCUUUCCAUUAUGCCCUUUAGGAGUUGUGACAGUUAAAAACAGAAGCAAACUUAAGCGAAGGAAACUAGAGAUUUACUAAAAUUACAUUGGACUUACACUGAACUGUCACAACUCUCAUUCUUGUUGUAUUUGCUGAAGGAUCUAACUAGUUUUAUUUAUAGCUUAACUCAUUACUGUUUUUCUUCUCUUAUUUGUUUUGCUUGUUCAAUAAAUCUUUUUUUAAGUAGGGAGAGAGAAAAUAAAGCUUACUUCAUUUUUCAGUUAUAUUAUAACUAAUGGGCUGGAUGAUAACCCAGGGGCUCCUAGCUGGAAACGGUGCAUUUAGAAGGAAAUUAGAAGGAAAUCAUGGUGCUGUCAGGGAAAUAGAAGCCAGGGUGGCUAUCUAAAGAACUUUAAACUGAGUUAAGAUUAAAAAAGGAUGUGUACAAAAAAUGGAAAAGGGGGGAAACCACCAAAGAGGAAUUCAAACAAAUAGCCAGCACGUGUAGACACAAAGUCAGAAAAGCUAAAGCACAGAAUGAACUCAGGCUUGCUAGAGAGGUUAAAAGCAACAAAAAGGCUUUUAUGGGUAUGUUCGUAGCAAAAGGAAGAACAAAGAAACAGUGGGGUCACUCAGAGGAGAAGAUGGUGAAAUGCAAACAGGGGACACAGAAAGAGCUGAACUCCUCAAUGCCUUCUUUGCCUCAGUCUUCUCCGAUAAAGAAAACAAUGCCCGACCUAAAGAAUUUGGAGCAAAUGAUUCAGCAAAGGAAACACAGCCCAGAAUAACUAAGGAGAUAGUACAAGAAUACUUGGCUAGUUUAGAUGUAUUCAAGUCUCCAGGGCCAGAUGAACUGCAUCCAAGAGUAUUAAAAGAACUGGCAGAUGUGAUCUCAGAACCACUGGCAGUCAUCUUUGAGAAUUCCUGGAGAACAGGAGAAGUCCCGGCAGACUGGAGGAGGGCAAAUGUUGUCCCUAUUUUCAAAAAGGGGAAAAGAGAGGACCCAAAUAAUUAUCGCCCAGUCAGUCUGACAUCAAUACCAGGGAAGAUUCUGGAGCAGAUCAUUAAGCAAACAGUCUGUGAGCACCUAGAAAGGAAUGCUGUGAUCACCAAUAGUCAGCAUGGAUUUCUGAAAAAUAAGUCAUGUCAGACUAACCUGAUCUCGUUUUUGACAGAAUUACAAGCCUGGUAGAUGAAGGGAACGCAGUGGAUGUAGCCUACCUUGAUUUCAGCAAGGCAUUUGACAAGGUGCCUCAUGAUAUUCUUGUAAAGAAGCUGGUAAAAUGUGGUCUUGACUAUGCUACCACUCAGUGGAUUUGUAACUGGCUGACUGGACCGAACCCAAAGGGUGCUCAUCAAUGGUUCUUCUUCAUCCUGGAGAAGAGUGACUAGUGGGGUGCCACAGGGUUCUGUCUUGGGCCCGGUCUUAUUCAACAUCUUUAUCAACGACUUGGAUGAUGGACUCAAGGGCAUCCUGAUCAAAUUUGCAGAUGACACCAAAUUGGGAGGGGUGGCUAACACCCCAGGGGACAGGAUCACACUUCAAAACGACCUUGACAGAUUAGAGAACUGGGUCAAAACAAACAAGAUGAAUUUUAACAGGGAGAAAUGUAAAGUAUUGCACUUGGGCAAAAAAAAUGAGAGGCACAAAUACAAGAUGGGGGACACCUGGCUUGAGAGCAGUACAUGUGAAAAGGAUCUAGGAGUCUUGGUUGACCACAAACUUGACAUGAGCCAACAGUGUGACGCGGCAGCUAAAAAGCCAAUGCAAUUCUGGGCUGCAUCAAUAGGAGUAUAGCAUCUAGAUCAAGGGAAGUAAUAGUGCCACUGUAUUCUGCUCUGGUCAGACCUCACCUGGAGUACUGUGUCCAGUUCUGGGCACCACAGUUCAAGAAGGACAUUGACAAACUGGAACGUGUCCAGAGGAGGGCAACCAAAAUGGUCAAAGGCCUGGAAACGAUGCCUUAUGAGGAACGGCUAAGAGAGCUGGGCAUGUUUAGCCUGGAGAAGAGGAGGUUAAGGGGUGAUAUGAUAGCCAUGUUCAAAUAUAUAAAAGGAUGUCACAUAGAGGAGGGAGAAAGGUUGUUUUCUGCUGCUCCAGAGAAGCGGACACGGAGCAAUGGAUCCAAACUACAAGAAAGAAGAUUCCACCUAAACAUUAGGAAGAACUUCCUGACAGUAAGAGCUGUUCGACAGUGGAAUUUGCUGCCAAGGAGUGUGGUGGAGUCUCCUUCUUUGGAGGUCUUUAAGCAGAGGCUUGACAACCAUAUGUCAGGAGUGCUCUGAUGCUGUUUCCUGCUUGGCAGGGGGUUGGACUCGAUGGCCCUUGUGGUCUCUUCCAACUCUAUGAUUCUAUGAUUCUAUAUAGUUGGGAUAAUAGAUGCAGCUGGAGUGGGUGAGAUUAUAUAGACAUGUUGAGGCUUUGGGGUGGUUGUAACUGUUGCUUCUGAAUUGCUCAUACUCCAUUCCUUCUUUAUCUUUUCACCUGUAGGAGGUGGGUUUAAGUCCCCUGGUGGUGGUGAAGGAGGCUUCCGAGGCGGUCGUGGAGGCGGCGGCUUCCGAGGCGGCCGAGGUGGUGGUUUCCGUGGCGGCCGAGGAGGAGGUGGCCGAGGAGGACGGGGUGGCUUCAGAGGAGGGAAAAAGGUUACAGUAGAGCCCCACAGACAUGAAGGUGAGACUUGUUCAUCCUGUCCUAUAAGAAGAUAAUUAAACUUUAUGCAAGAACAUUACUUUUACUGCAGUAGACCCAGUGAAGGAGGAACCACCUCCCAGAGCAUUGUGGGAGAGGCAUUCUUUCUUUGUUUGAUAUAGGACAAGGUAAAAGACUGUUACGUUCUAAACCUCUUCAGAAGGCUAGCUAUCUCUUCCUGUUAACUGUAGCCAAAAGCUAUCAUGGGAACAGCCCCUGUGGCCUCUCUGGUAAUUGUUGUUCAGCUUCUACUCACUCUAAAAUAUUGAUUGCCUGGAAAAAACACACACACAUCCAUGACUUUGUUUAAUGCUAGAAAGCAAAUAUUUAUAGUCCGUUUGCAUUCCUUUCCUACAACCCUCCAUGUAUGAACACUCCUCUUCUGACAUGCAGUCCUACUUCUGGCAUCCCAUACUGCUUUAUUAGCCUGAAGUCCUCUUGCAUCUGGAUGGGAGCUACCUGACCAAAGGGAAAACUGGGGUUAGAUGCCAACAUUCCAAUAGCUCCUGCCCAAAAAUAUCAUACAUACUCUAGGCAUGCUUGUUAACUUUGAAGCUGUUUUUUUAAGGAAAAGUGAGGAAAGCUAAAAGAAGCAGAAAUGGUAGUUGCACCAGCUGAAAACGUAAGACGAGCCUGCUGCAUCAGGCCAAUGGUCCCAUGUAGUCUAGCAUCCUGUUCUCACAGGAUGGCCAACCAGAUGCCCGUGGGGAACCUAGAGAGCAGAACAUGAGCAUAAGAAAGAAUUCUCAUCUCCCGUUAUUUCCAGCAACUGGUAUUUGGAAGCCUUACUUCCUCCAGCUGUGGAGGUACAGCAUAGGCAUCCAUUAAUUUGUCUAAUCCUUUUUUAGAAGCUAUCUAGGUUGGUGGCCAUUACUGCCUCCUGGGGGAGCAGUUCCACAAUUUAACUGUGCUGUGAGAAAAAGUACGGGAAGCUCCCCAUCUACAUGUGAUCUGUUUGCGCACGUAAUACAUGUCCAUAUAUCCUAACGUUAUUCUAAAUGUUUUUGAUUUUUGUAAGAAGGCUAGCUGAGGGUGAAAUGAGGUUGUGGGGACAGAGUCCCAUUCACUGUAAAGGACCAGCCACCACGGCUUAGCAGCUGCCUAGAUUGAGCUCAUGGCGGGAAAGGCAAGCGUGGAAACAGUUUUUGCUGAAUAAUAAUAUUUGUAUCCUUGCCCACCUGAGGUUGCCCCAGUCUCGCAGUAUUUAAAUCUUGCUCGCGUGAAGCAUGUCUCCAAUGUGAACAGAUCUAAGUUCUGGUCUCUCUUGUCUCCUCAGGUGUCUUCAUCUGCCGGGGAAAGGAAGAUGCGUUAGUCACACGGAACAUGGUGCCUGGCGAGUCUGUGUAUGGAGAGAAGAGGAUUUCUGUGGAGGUGGGUGAUGGAUGACGCUCCAUGGGAGCAUGGUUGUGGGGAGAGGGAAUUGCUGGCAAAUGCAGGAAGGGGGAGCACGUUCCAAGGACGGGGACCCCUCUUGGUCUGCAGACGCCUUGGUUGGAAAGUCUCUCUCAAUCCAGCAUGCCUUAUCCUCCCCUCUUCAGGACGGUGAACUGAAGGUGGAGUACCGCGCCUGGAAUCCCUUCCGCUCCAAGCUGGCUGCUGCCAUCCUUGGAGGCAUUGACCAGAUCCAUAUCAAGCCUGGUGCCAAAGUGCUGUACCUAGGAGCCGCAUCAGGAACAACAGUGUCUCACGUCUCUGACAUAGUUGGACCGGUAAGGAGACGCUUUGGGGUACCUGAGACUGUGGGUGUACCUUAAACUGCUUGUGUAUACAGUGGUACCUCGGGUUACAUACGCUUCAGGUUACAUACGCUUCAGACUCCGCUAGAAAUAGUACCCAGAAAUAGUACCUCAGGUUAAGAACUUUGCUUUAGGAUGAGAACAGAAAUCGUUCUCCGGCGGUGCGGUGGUAGCAGGAGGCCCCAUUAGCUAAAGUGGUGCUUCAGGUUAAGAACAGUUUCAGGUUAGGAACGGACCUCUGGAACGAAUUAAGUACUUAACCUGAGGUACCACUGUACUAUGCUCUUUCCUUGACCUCGGGCGAUGACUCUGAAUGAGAUCAAGAGACCUAAUCCCCAGCUCCAAGCUUGGGACAGGAGGGGAGUGUAGGGACAGGAAUCAUCACUGGAAGUUGUCUUAAUACUAAGUCAGGCGACUGGUCCAUUCAGAGUAGCAUUGUCUACACUUCUCUCCAGGGUUUCCAACCAGGGACAUCCCUUGUUUUGAGAUGCUGGGGGUUGAACCUGAGAUCUUGUAGAUGCUCUGCCACCAAGCUGUGGCUUCCAUCCCCACAUUUUCCCCAUGGUACUUGAGUGCUUUGGCAACUCAGCACUCAGCUCUUUUCUCCAGAGCUGAAAGAGAAGACUGCAGCUUUCUUUUGGUGCCUAGCGGGCAGGCUGUCUAGUGCUUCCAUGCUGUAAGUGUCAAUUGACCAGCCCUGAGGUUAGGAAUCUUCCCUUGGCCAGCACUUCUGGAGACAGCAUAAUUGCAGGGAUUAUCCCUUCCUGCUUCCAGGUGUUGUUCAAGAUGGUAAAAGCAAAAAAAAAAUUAAAAAAAAAUGAUUCCAUGGGUUGGCAAAUGUGGUUCAGUGUGAGCAGGUGUAAAGUGAUACAUAUUGUGGAAUAACCGUAAUUUUACAUAUAUGCUGAUAGGCAUCUAAACUGCCAGUGACUGACCAGGAAGGGCAUCUUGAUGUAGUGGUGAAUAGGUCAGUGAAGGUGUUGACCUGGUGUGUGGCAGCUAUGCAAAAAGGCAAAUUACAUUAGAGAAGAGUGAAAAUAAAUUUGCCAGUAUCUUAAUAUUGUUAUGUGAAUCUGUGUUGCAACUGCACUUGGAAUACUGUGUGCAUUUCUGUUCUCUGCAGAAAAUAUUGUAUAGCUGGGAAAAUGUGAUGGGGGGAAAUUGGGAUCAGAAAAUGAACUUAUUUUGUAACAAACAAAUAAAGUUGUACAUGAAAUUAUUUUAAGCAGUUGAAUGACGAUGAAAACCAGUGUUGAUCCAGAUAUUUCCAAGGAAAAGAAUCCAAACACGAACAGUGUAUACUAACAAAAUACCCAAAUUGUGAAUAGAUAUAACUCAAAAAUUAUCGAUGAACCUCAACACUUCUUGACCUUAGUCUUCUUCAGUGGUUUCUGUACCAUGUACUUAAAAACUGUUUGGCAUAAAAGCAAAUGUGACUCUGCAAACAAUGAAACACACACAAUCAAAAGUAACUCCACCUAUAAAUUAAAUGCUAUUUUUUAAAAAACCUGAUUGGCCACUGCAAGAACAGAAUGAUGGACUGCAUAGGCCUUUGAUCUAAUUAGCAAAAUGGCCCUUAUGUCUGGGGCUCUUGUAGCCAUCCUUGCCCAAUGAGUAGUAGAUUGUUGCUGAAGGUGAUAAGUGGAACUGGUGAGUGCUGCUCUUUAGACUAUUUCUAGCUACUUUAUCAAAGAUGAUCACUCAGGGCUUCAGCAGUGGCACUGGGCGAUGUCCUUCAUGAACGCUUUUUCCUGUUCUGGGCCAUGGACAAGGCACUGACUCCCUUGCUUCCUGCUUCUUACCCAACAGGAGGGCCUUGUGUAUGCUGUGGAGUUCUCCCAUCGCUCGGGUCGCGACCUCAUCAAUGUGGCAAAGAAACGGACCAACAUUAUCCCCGUCAUAGAGGAUGCACGGCACCCACACAAAUACCGCAUGUUGCUUGGUAAGAUGCCUGUGAAACCUUAACACUUGAGCAAAUAAGCCUUCCUUUCAUGCAGCGGUUCUCAGCCUGUGGGUCCCCAGAUAUUGUUGAACUACAACUCGCAUCAUGCCCUGAGCUCUGGCCUUGCUAGCUAGGGGUGAUGGGAGUUGUAGUUCAACAACAUCUGGGGACCCACAGGUUGAGAAAGGCUGCUUUCAUGUAUGUUGGUUGAGCUGGACACCUCUUAGAGGAGCACCCUUUUUCGUCUGUCUUCUGUUUCCCCCACCCACUGGGCGAAAGCAGCUGCCCAUGGAUUGGAAGACCUUAGUAACAUUAAUACUUGCAUUAUGCCAAGCCCAACUGUUUCUAUGUUGUCUACAGACAAGCAAUGAGACUCCAAGGAUUCAGGCAAUGGUGUUUUCCAGCCUUAGAUGGUGAUGCUGGGGACAGACCCUGGGAACGUCUGCAGGCAAGAUAUGUGCCAGGUGUGGGGAAAUUUUGCUUGCUGGGGCUGGUGGUGUUCCCCAUACCUGGCAUAUGAUCUACCACUGAGAAACAUCCAUUUGUGUUUAUUUUGUUUAUUAGGAACUGGCAAGCUGCUAGUAACUGAUGCUGGGGAUUGUACAAAAUAAAAGUGUCUUGGGUGUUCUUCACUUCUAGAACAUUGACAGGGAAGGUUCCUAACAGUCUAGGUUUUGUUAGUUUGAUCUUAGCAAUCAGAAAAAAAGUCUGAGCUGUUCCCCUAAAUCAGUGGUUCCCAAUUAGGGGUCCGCGGCCCCAUCCCUUGCCUACACCCCACAAACUAAAUUUUUGUCAUUUUUGCAUGGUAAUAUCACAAAUUUUAUGGUCUGCUGUGCCAAUAUCAAUAUAUUGGCCAAAAUCAGUUUUGAAAUCAUCCGCACGCCUGAUCUGCACAAACCCCAUCUGCCUAAUCUCUGUGACUGCUGCUUCACUCAUCCCCAUGCCUGAUCUACACACACCUGAUCUCUGCAACUGCUCCUUUCCUCAUUCCUGUGCCUGAUCUCCCAUUUCUGACAUUGUGAUAUAUCAGAAUAUUGUGAUGUUUAGCUGCUUAUAUAUCACGAUGCUGAAAACCAGAUAUCGCUCAGCCCUAGUCUGUUUUUAAUAUACCGUAUUUUUCGGCCCAUAGGGCACACCUAGUUUUUUGGGGGGGAGAUAAAGAAAAAAAAUUAUUCCCCCCCCAGGCGUGGGGCUGGGGCGGGGGAAGCCCGAGCUUCCCCAGCCCCCAGAACAGGAAGCUCUCCACAAGCCGUGGGAGAGCUGUGCGAAGCCCAAAGCCUGGGGGGCGCUGAGCUCAGCGCGCCCCCAGGCAUCAGGGUGCAGGCAACUCUCCACAGCUUGCGCGCUGCCUGGAGGCUGCAGCGAGGCUCGGCGCACGCCCUCCCACGGCCUGCGACAGGCUUCCUGAAGCCUGCAUUCGCCCCAUAGGACGCACACACAUUUCCCCUUCAUUUUUGGAGGGGAAAAAGUGCGUCCUAUAUGGCAAAAAAUACGGUAGCUAAAAUCCUUUGCUUAUUAGGGGCUACCCUACAUUUUGUUCAGAAAAUUGCUUUGCAGAGGUAACUACCAUAAAGUUAUCAAAACUUUAUGGUAGUUCUUCUUUCUACAAGAAAGAAGAUUCCACCUAAACAUUAGGAAGAACUUCCUGACAGUAAGAGCUGUUCGACAGUGGAAUUUGCUGCCAAGGAGUGUGGUGGAGUCUCCUUCUUUGGAGGUCUUUAAGCAGAGGCUUGACAACCAUAUGUCAGGAGUGCUCUGAUGGUGUUUCCUGCUUGGCAGGGGGUUGGACUCGAUGGCCCUUGUGGUCUCUUCCAACUCUAUGAUUCUAAGGGGUCUGUAGCUUGGCCUUUGAAAAAUAAGGUGUCCUCAGUAAUUAGCUAACUGGGAACCACUGUCCUAAAUAAAUGUGGGUAAAGUAGGUUAAAUGAACACCGCUGCUGCCUCACUGCUGUUGAUUUAAUCACAAAAGUGCAGGGGCAGAUCUUGACAUUGUAGACUGGAAGUGGGAAACAGGGUUAGGGGGCCAAAUCUGGAAGUCCCUCACCCGCUGUGGCCCACUUUGCUGUGUGGGUGGAGCCACCCACCUGUCAAUCACCUGGUGCCAUGACAUCAGGGUAACUUGGCUUCAAAGGAAAUAAUUGGAAGCACAGCCUAAGUGUGCUCCCAGCCCUUCUUUGCAGCCCGGCUUGAGUUCAAGCCACAGCUGCAAAGGCAAAAUGAUAUUUUGCAUUGAAAAGUCCACCCCCCUUACAUGUGGCACCUUUUUCUGUUGCCAUGUAUGGUGACAGGAAGAGGCACAAAUAUAAAAAGAGCUGACUUCCUGAUGCAAAGGAAGAAUCAAGUGUGUACUCCUCAUUCUUUGUCCUCUUAGCCAUGGCUUGAAAUUCGCUGUGGCCAAAGCAGACAGGCCUGGGAAAGGAGGGUGUGUUGAAUUAAGCCAGGGGUCCCCCGUUACUGUUCUAGGCUCUACUGUUUUUCUUUUGCCUGAUGACCUUAUUUCAAGUGAGGAAAGCAAUAGGAUUUGCAGGGCAACUUCCAGGUCCGUUAUUCAAUACGCCCCCUUGCUUUGCAGGCAUGGUAGAUGUGAUCUUCGCAGAUGUGGCUCAGCCCGACCAGUCACGUAUUGUGGCUUUAAACGCGCACAAUUUCUUGAAGAAUGGUGGCCAUUUUGUCAUCUCCAUCAAGGUAAUGUUUAGUGCAACUGUUAUAUUUUUUUAACUGUAUGACCUUCAGUGGGUCGUUUUCUUCGCCUUCGGCUGGAGAGUCAGCGGGGGCUAAGAGCUGGUUUUUGGUGGUCCAUUGGAAUUCCAUCUCCCUCAUCAGGAAGACCAACCAUUCUGGGGCAGGAUUCACAAGUCUACACCUUCUUCUGGUCAUGGCAGUUUGCUAUCCGUCAAGACACUUAUGCAAACAUAAAGAAUUUUGCCCAAACCUCGCUGGUUCAGAUAUCAAAAGAGCCUAGAUCAUGCCCGCUUCCUUUCUUGUGCUUUGCUGGUCAGUGGCAGCUAUUUUCAGGCAGAAACCAUGGAGAGUGUGGUGGGGCGAGCGAAUAUAUCCGAGUAAAAGAGAUCAGACAAAUCAAUUUUUCUUUUGUCUCUCUCCUGCUCGUUGGCUGCAGCCGUUUAAGGACAAAACCAUGAUGGGCAAGGAAGAGAGAUUGCUGAUUCCCAUAGGAAUCAAUGGAAAUUAUGGACUUGUUAGGCCUAACGAACAAUUUCCAACGAAAGCUUUGUGGCCGUAAAUGGCACCUAAGUGUAUAGAAGGCCAAUAUGCCUUCCACCCAACUGACAAGUGUUAGGCCUAUUUGGAUUGCUGGAUGUAAUCUCUGGAGUUGUGUUGGAGAACCCCAGGACUGUUUUCUUAGAGGAGGGAGGCAACAUUCAUGCUAAUGCUGCCUCAAGGUGUCCGGUAAUUUGAGCAAUCUGGAGGUGAGUGACCAGGUGGGCUGACAGCAUGGUCUUUAGACGAGGGGGGUAAAGGUGACCAUUUCUUAAGAAGCCCUCUGUGGAUCUAGAAGUGUGUGAUAGCUACUGCCAGCGCACAAUCACCCUCUUGGGGGAAGGUUCUCAAGCUGGUGGUGGCUGUGAUCUUGGGAAGAAACUGGUUAUCUGGACCCAUUCCAGUCUUGGUCCAGACCUGAUUCCUGAUUCAGAGACCACACUGACCUUGUUUGCCCUGGGAGAUGACUUUUAUUGAGACAGACACGCAAAAAUGCAACCCAUUUGCUUUUUGAUCUAUCAGUUGCCUUUGAUAACACUGAUCUUAGCAGUGUGUUUUGGUGGGUGUAAGAGACACAGUACUACGGUGGUUUGGCUUCUGCCUAUGGGGCCAGUUCCAUGCAGAAAGUAGAAUUGGGGGGAAGUAGCAUCUUUGCCUCCUUGCAGUCACACUGUGGGGUGCCACAGGAUUCCAUCGUGUCCCCAAGGCUAAUAAAGCCAUUAGGUAUGCUUUUUAGCAGGUUUGGCGAUUUGCAAAGAAUGCCCAAAUGCAUUUCUUUGUAACUUCUGCAUAGUCAUACAUAACUUGGGUCCUGGGUAAGGGUGACCUGCACAAAGGCCAAGAAGCUGAAACGGAAUCCUGCCAAUGAAGAGGCCUUUGAGGGUGGGUGUUUCCUGGCUCUAAAAAUUAGACGGGGUCCCUGUUCUGGACAGGUGUGGAACCAGGCUGCUAGCGUGCUCCUGUAACAUAAGGGAGCGAUGAAUUGUCCCUCUUAGAUAAGCUUGAAGGCUUGCUGUUAGACUGACCUGCUUGAUUCUCUCCUCCCAGGCCAACUGCAUUGACUCAACAGCAGCACCGGAGGCCGUCUUUGCAUCAGAGGUGAAGAAAAUGCAGCAGGAGAACAUGAAACCCCAAGAGCAGUUGACUUUGGAGCCCUAUGAGCGGGACCAUGCUGUAGUAGUUGGCAUUUACAGGUACAGAUAAGUCUGGGAGUGCUGAUUUCUGGAUGCGCUUGGUAUUUCCUUGGAGGCAUAAAAGGGGAACAGGUAGCAUUGGGACAUAAUGAGGAGCAACUACUGUUCUUCCCACCCCACACUCGAGCAGAGGGAAGAGUGGGCUUGUUACAGGGUUGGAAAAGAACCAGGGUGUUGAUGGGGCUUGUGUGCACACUGUGUAUUCUGACCAAUAAAUAGCAGCCAAGCAAUCUAAAUAAGUUGCAAAGCAGGCCAGAUAUGCAUCUGGUUUGCAUUAUAAUGGUUCUUUCCCCACUCUGAUCAAACUCCUUUGAUUGGACGGUAUCCCAACACAUUUCUUCCGUCCCUCUCCUCUACCGACACACACCCAUUAUCUCUUAAAAUCAUUGCAACCUGUAAAGUAUGCCAGUCUCCACCCUAACUGGGUUUCCCUGUUGUACAGGAACCUAAGAAGCUGCCCUUCAUCUGUCAGACCAUUUGCCCGUCUAAACUAAACCCUGUCCACUGUGGUUGGCAAUGGCUCUCCGGGGUCUCACGCUGAGGUCUUCCCCAUCCCUUGCAACCUGAGGCAUUUAAACGGAGAUGCCAAGGUUUGGUCCUGGGACCUUCUGUGUGCAAUGCGUGUGCUCUACUGCUGGGUUGUGGUCCCUUAUAGGUGAGGGGGAAUGUGGCCCUUGGGGAACAAAGAUCAGUGUGAAGCUACACCUCUUUUUCCUGCUGCCCCCUAGUCUCCUGGGAAGUGCAUCAGGGCAAGCAGGGGUGGCCCCCUUAAAUAUUUUACUGAGGGGGCUGAAGGGACUUCGGUCCCUAGGAGUUGGCUCCUAUGACUGCAACUCCUAUCAGCCUUGGGAAGCAUAGCCAAUGACUAGCAACGAUGGGGGCCUCAGUUCAGCAACACUGAGAGGGGAGCAGGCACAGGUUCCCCACACCUGUCCCAGCAGAACAAGGGUUGCUAGUUCAAUAGCAAGAGUUACCAGCCUGGUCCCAAUUAAAUAUAUAAAUGUCUUUCUGCAAUUGAUCUCUCUUCUCUACUUCCCCCCCUCCCUUUCCCUUAUAUGUCACAUGUCUUCUUUUCUUAAACUCUGCACUUGAAGGCAAAGCUCUAUCUUAAGUAAGGAGCUACCUAUCUAAAAUGGGAUAAAAAUAUGAACAGGAAUAUAAUGUAUUUACAGUUCGCACAAGGAACUGGAACAAAGAAAAAGUUACAGAAUGUAAAAUACGUAAGAUCUUUAAAGGAACCAGAAAGCAAUUGUAGAUUGUCUAAAAGGAAAAUGCAAAUAUUUGGAAGGUUUGCUACUUGCUUAGUGACUCAAAAAAUAGGAGACCAAAAGGUGCUUCAAAAAGAAUUUGGGAUACAAUUACAGCAAUGAAAUAAAAACAGAUGCGUCAAAGUUCAUGCAGUAUAAUUGUGGAUAUCCAUGAAUAGCCUUCAAGCUCAUUGAUCUCUGGAGGACAGGCACUACAGCUCUCUCUCAUGGGUAUCUAACUUGUGGUUCCCCAGAUGUUACUGAACUCUUAAUGUGACCUUCAGAAGUUUGUUCAAAUGCACACUAAUUUAGGCUGCGGGUGCUAAAUCAUCAUCCAUUCCCUUUCAACAGAUUUCAACUAGUUGUAUUUCAACAGAGGCUUCAUCAGCAUUGCUUAAUUCACUAGGCUCCAAUUUGUGUGUUAUGGGAAUUGGUUCAUCUGAUAUGAUGACAGUGUGAGUCCCUGUUAUUGAAAUCAUUCUGUGUUGUGUUGCCCUUGCUUGUCACGUUACUGCAAGUAGCUGGCAGGAAACAGUAUCCUGGUAUGUGUGCCGUACAUACCUGGGAAGAUUGAGAGUCUUUCCAUGAAAUGGCUAAUGCUGGUUUAGGCUCCUGCAAUCAGCGAUAUCCUUGUUGCCUCCCACUCGGCCUUUGCUAUCAGGAUUACCACGGAAUACUCACAAAAUGAACUUUUGUGUAUGAGAAGCUGAUGUUGAUACUGAAUGGUACAUUUUAGAAAAUAACCUCUGCAUUGUCAAAGCACAUUGGUCAACAGUCUGUUAACAAACACUCUCCUUUUCCUUACAGACCACCUCCUAAACAGAAGAAAUAA